GGGGAGCUCUGGGACCCCAAGAUCAGGGCUGAGUCCUGCUCUUGUCUCAGUUGCAGAUGGCUGGCCCAGAACGGGGAGUGGGUCUAUCCCAUUUUCACAGGCCCCCUCUUCGUCCUCACCUUCUGCAGUCUCCUUUCCCUCCACUUGUCAGACCCUGGCAUCUUGCAUCAAGGCUCCAACGAACUGGGCCCCAUGAUGGCGCCUGUGGUGUGGGUGAACCACAGGGCCUUCCUUCUGCAGUGGUGCCCAAAGUGCUGCUUCCUCCGCCCACUCCGGACCUACCACAUCACCUGGUGCAACAUUUGUGUGGAGGAAUUUGACCACCACUGCAAGUGGGUCAAUAAUUGCAUCGGUCACAGCAAUUUCCGCGUCUUCAUGCUGCUGGUCCAGUCGCUAUGCCUGUACUCGGACGCCAUGCUGGUCACCUGCCUGAUCUUCCUGGUGCGCACGAUUCACCUGCCAUUCACCACGGACAAGAUCAUCCUCGUGGGCGGCAUCCUAGCGGCCAUACCCGCCGCCGGCUUCCUGCUGCUUCACUCCGUGCUGCUGCUAAUCAAGGUCAGGUCGGUGAGCGCGGCCCAGCGCUCCCACGAGGGCAAGGUAAGCGGGCCCGGGGGGCGCCACGACACGGGGCUGUGGGCGGUCACCUUGCCCCUCCCGGACCUCCGUCUGCACUUUCCGCUGUUUCUGCGGCACACUGGUUGUCACGCUUCACUUCUGUCGAAGGUGCUUCGUUGCCCUUCAGACCCAGAUUCAGCUCAGGUCGCAGGUCUACUGUGUGCCAAGCCGCAGGUGCAUGAUUUUGGGCGCUGGGCGGUGAG